UUGCAUAUUCUGGGUCUGCGGGGUGUCAUGGACGCCGCACUGAGGCGGGAAUGGGGACUUCGGCUGAGAGCCGACGGCGAGCGGCAGGCGGGUCGGCGCUCCGGUUGACGAAAAGAUAAAGGGAGAGAGAAAGGGAAGGGAAAAAAAAGGGAAGGAGGGGAAAAAGAAGAAGAAGACGGCAAAGUCGAAGUCAUUUUUGAAACCGUUUUUUUUAGUACCGGAUUCUCGAGAUAACGAUAGAGCUUAGCCUAGCAUAGCUUAGCAUAGCUUUGCUAACCGCAGGCCUCUUUUGGGGUUUCUCCCCCUCCCCCUUAAUUUCCCCCUCCUCCCAUUUCUCCUCGUGACGUUUAUCACUUUUUUUUCCUUUUUUUAUGCUUAUUAUUUUCCGGUCCGCAUGCGCCCUGGGAGCGGGUCGGAAAGAAGCACGGCGUCGUUCAGAGUGAAAACAGCUGCGGGAUCUCCGGCCUGCUGAUGACAUAGGAACCGCCGUGUUGGUAUUGUUUCCAGCGACUCGCGAUGAAGAGCGAGGUCCAGACCGACGCACGCCGCAAACAGGACCCGCUGAAAGGGCCUCUGGUCAAUCCCGAGCCCAUGGAGACGGCCAAAAGUUUUCCCUCGGAGGUGGACGUGAUCGGCAAGGCCGCAGGAGAUUUCACAACGCUGUGCGCCGAGACCAGGCAUCGACCCCUGAGAGACUCCGGAGUACGCAGAGACACCGAAAGGACCCGGAAGAAGCGAAAAAGCCAGCAGCCUGGACCUUCGGAUUGCUCUCUGAAGGAGGGGAGGCUGAGCGAACCGGCGAUUCCUCCACCCCGCCUGGAGACCCGCAGCGAGGACGAGCGAAACGUUGAAUCCUCGUUCAGCGACUGCGCCUCCUCUCCGUCGUCCAGCCUGCGCUUUGGCGAUUCGGACACUUUGAGCUCAGAGGAAGACGGUCGGCAUCAGCAUCACGUUAAACCCUCAUCUGCCAGCGCAGGGGGAGGUGCAGGAGGAGGAGGUGGAGGAGGAACAGGCCCGACGCGUACUCUCCUGAGCCGGACUCGAGCCAGCAGGUCACACAAAUGGGCACGCCUCGAAAACCCCGAGGCCAGUCACGUGAAGCGGCCGUGCCUGAGCUCGCCACGGCAGCUCAACAGGAAGCGAUUUGCAAAGGGCGGUAACGGAGCUCAGCGCACUCCGAAGCAGAAGGAGCGCCUGCUGCUGCAGAGGAAGAAGAGGGAGGUGAUUGCACGCAGGAAAUAUGAACUCUUACACAGCAGCAGUAGCUCUAGCGAAGAGCUGACCUCCGACUCCUCCUCGUCUUCUUCCACCGAGGGGGACGAUGAGCUGUACGUGGGAGUGAGCAGCAGCCCUGGCGGUCAGAUGAACAGCACCAACGUGGCCUCAGGUGCAUUGGAUGAAGAUGUGGUGGUGAUCGAAGCUACCCCCGCACCCCCGGUUCCGGCGAGCGAGGAGAUCAACGUCACUUCCACCGACAGCGAGGUUGAAAUUGUAGGAGAUGCCUACAGGCCACGUUCAGUGGGGGGUCAUGGCAGAAUGCACUGGGGGCCGAGUUGCUCUCAGAGUCGGGCUCAGGAUGGCAGAGGGCGCCAUCGUCUCGCAACAGUCAUCAGACAGAGUGCCAGCGAGGUAGUGGACCUGACUGUGGACGAGGACGAUCUUUCAGUCGUGCCAACCACUUCAGACAGUGUGCACGUGCAGCCUGCCAGCUCCUCCACUUCCUCAGCUUCCUCCCUCCUUGCCUCUACCUCAGAGCCCUCCCAGGAUGCCCCAGGCCCCUCCUCCACUAGCUGCCCUGCUGUGGCCCCCGACAGCACGAUGGAGGUCCACGGUGUGGCUCCAGGGCCCAGCAACAUCACCACUACUUCAGAAGAAGACACCAGAAGAGGUUCAUCUGCUGAGAGCGGCAGCGUCGCGAUGCCCAGGCUGCCAUCGUGUUGCCCUCAACACUCCCCCUGCAGUGGUCCCUCCUCAGGGCAUCUCUCCCUGAAUCACUCUCACUCAGGGUGCAUGCAGGCCGGCCAGACGCAGCAACACGUCCCCCCACAGCCCGGAUCUCAGCACUCGCACAGCCACUCGCAUCACUUCCACCAUCACCACCAUCACCACGCAGGCACCGUGCCACCGCCUUUGCCUUUUCCUGAGCCCAGCUGCCCCCUCGACCGACCCGGUGCCAUGCCUGUACCCUGCGCAGGGGUCAGUGCCGGGCCCCAGUACCACGACCAGCAGACCCUACCAGUAGAUCUAAGUAGCAGUGCUGUACGUACCAGUGGCUCGAGCAGUAGCAGUUUCAGCAGCACCUCCGCCUUCGACCCGUGCUGUCCAGGCAAUACCUCUCGGCCUCCUGCUUUCGUUUCCCAGGCCACCCCGGGUCCGAGUCAGCCUAGCGUGGUGGACACUUUCAGCCCGGCCAUGGUGGCCCAACCUCAGCCCCAGUCCCAGCUUUCAUCCUGCAGGCACUACAUGCAUUCCCCCUACGGUUCUCUGGCACGUUCUUUACACCACCAGUCCUCUUCAUGUCCCCACUCUCACAGUAACCCCCCUCCCCCACCGCAGCCCCCUCCUCAAAGCGACUACGUCAUUCCCCACCCCGUGCUCCCCUACCACACGUCAAUACCCUCUCAUGGCCCGGGCCACACUGUGCCUACUGCCCCUGCCCCCUCUCUACCACCCCACCACCUUCCAGGCUCUGCUGCCCCUCUGCCACAGCACCUGGCCCCAGAGCACCAGGCUCUCCAGCACCACCUGCCCGUGCUGGGCCCCAAUGCCGUGCAGAGGCUCCAUCAGCACGAGAUGCUUCAGAGGAUGGAGGCUCAGAGGCGGAGAAUGAUGCAGCACCCGACCCGAGCACACGAAAGACCUCCCCCUCAUCCUCACAGAAUGCACCCCAAUUACGGUCACGGGCACCAUAUCCACGUCCCCCAGACCAUGUCGUCGCACCCACGUCAGACUGACCAGAGAACUACGUGGGAGCUGGGUAUCGAAGCCGGCGUGACCGUAGCACCAUACCCUUCUGGGCAUUUGCAUGCUCAUCUGCCCCACUACCAUCCCCCACCCAGAUUGCACCAUUUCCCUAUCCCUCUAAUGCACCCUAGCAUGUCUGAGGUCACCUAUCCUCACAUUCGCUACAUCUCAUCUAGAAUGACAUUUGGCCGAACCUACGAGGAUCUGCUGCAUUUAGAGGAGCGGCUGGGGACUGUGAAUCGAGGAGCCUCUCAGGGAACUAUAGAGAGGUGCACUUAUCCGCACAAGUACAAGAAGAGAAAGCUGCACGGUAAGCAGGACGAGGAGGAGGGCGCUGAGGAAGACACAGAGGAGAAAUGCACCAUCUGUCUGUCUAUACUGGAGGAAGGAGAGGACGUCAGGCGCCUCCCCUGUAUGCACCUCUUCCAUCAGCUGUGUGUGGAUCAGUGGCUUCUCACCAACAAAAAGUGCCCCAUCUGUAGAGUGGACAUCGAGGCGCAGUUAUCCUCCGAAAGUUGAUGCUGUUUUUCUAGUGACUUUUAUUUUGUUUGUUGUUUGUUUUUGUUUUUUUUGUUGGUUAUUUUUCGUUUUGGUCGUCGUAUGUUUUGUUUUCUUUUCCUCCAGUAACACAUUCAACCAAAGAUGGCAUGACUUACCUGUGCAGAUCCGAUACCGCAAAACCGGAAAAAAAAACAAACAAAUCGCCAGCUAUCGUAGUACCAAUAAUGCUCGAAACGUCCUUUUAGAUUUAAGGGUUUCAAAUUUUAUUGUAUUUAUAAAGCUUUUAUGUAGCUUUUUAUUUGUUCCACAAGUGUCAUAUUUUUUUUUUUUUUUUUUUUUUUUUUUUCCUUUGCAUGGAUCCUUGCAAUGCAUUUCUUUGCACAUUAUAGAUGAUAAACGAGCCUGUCCGGGCUUUCACAGAUUUGCAGGCAGAGAAAGUAAAGAACCGUGUUGUUUUUUUUUUUUUUUUUUUUUUUUUUGUUUUAAUAUAUAUACCUAAUGCCUUGCUUUUACUGGAAUCCAAUCGAAUAUGAACGAGCGUUAUGAAAUCCAUCGCAGGACAUCAGUGUAAUUGAUUAGAGGGUGUGAACUGCGAACGAUUCUUUAUUUUAUUAUUAUUUCAAGCGAAUCAACACAUUCCUGAUUAUUAGGAAGUGAGAUCAUGUUCGAGAUGUGCUCUUGUUUAUCAGUGUUCUCCACCUCUCCUCACCUCCGGGGGGAUCGCCGUACGUCCGUGGGUCUCGCCUCGCACCUCAGACGCACCAUCGGGAACUUGAAUGUCACCUGUAUCUCUUUUUUUUUUUUUUUUUUUCCUCUUUCCUUCAUUGUAUCAUUACAAUCAGAGCUGUGUUAGGCCACGUGCUGAUGAUCUCUGGCACAAAUACGGUCACCACACAUCCCAGAUGAGUUCUGAAACUGAGUAUUGGUUUUCCUCACGCUUUCCUGGAUAUUUUUUUUCUCCUUUCUCUCUUCUCUGUUCACAUGUGGUGAAAAUGACACUUACAUCACUGUUCAGAUGAAUGCCAACGGAACGUGCUCUCACACACACGCACACACACACACACUCUCAUGAAUGCAUUCUUCUCCUUUCUCUCUCGCUCUUUCUCUCUCUCUCUCUCUCUCUAUUGAGCUGUGCAGCAAACUGUUUCUUUUUGUUUUGUUUAUUUGCUGCUGUGAAAGCCUAACACUAAUAUUAUUCUUAACUAGCUAACUUGCAUAUACUUGCACAUGAGAGACAAAAAAAAAAACAAAAAAAAAAACAGGAGUGCAUCGAAAAUGACGUGUUGAAGCCGUGAGUUUUCCUCCGUUUAAAGAGUUUUAGGAGGAAAAAAAAAAAAAUUUUGAUGACUGGGGUGUUGGAAUACAGUACUUAAUGGCAGGUAUCCAUGCAUUUAUAGACAUAAUGAUCCUGAGGUGAUGCACCUGGGGAUUCAUGUUAGUUUUAAAAUAAUAAUAUUAAUAAAGUUAGGUAACUCUU